AAGAGCCAUACAUGUCAGGAUUGCUCAAAGUUUUCGUUAUGCAAGUUGAAGAGUGUCCACUUGAUGAGAAAUUAAAUAGUGACAAUUCUUCUUUUAUUGCGCAUGAUAAUUGUGCACUUCAAACUUAUAAAUGGAGGUCCACCAGGACCACUCAAUUGUAUUUCGUUUAACAAUACUACUUUAUUCUCAUUUUUCCCUUUUCCCUCCAAUCCUAGAACCCCCAGAGGCCUGGAACUGAAAUGAAACCUAGUGUUUUGUUUUACCUUGGUUCUUGCAGAGCAUGCUCACCUCAACUACUUAGUCUCUGCAGCUGCAUCUGCAAAGUGACCAUGAGAUUACUUUGGAUUGUGGCGCUGAUGAUUUUUAGUAAUGGAGUUGGUGUAAGUGGGCUUAAUAAAAGGCCAGAAUUUGUAAACAUUGGAGCUACAUUGGCCUUUAAUUCUACUAUUGGGAAAGUUGCUAGAAUUGCAAUACAAGCAGCUGUUGAUGAUGUGAAUUCUGAUCCAUCUAUUCUUGGAGGAACUAAGCUGAGAAUGAAAAUGCAGGACACAAAUUACAGCGGAUUUAUGGGCAUUGUAGAGGCUUUAAGGUUACUGGAAACUGAUACUGUGGCCAUAGUUGGCCCUCAGUCCUCCGUGGUAGCCCAUGUAGUCUCAUUUAUUGCAACUGAGCUUCAAGUGCCUCUGCUAUCGUAUUCAGCAACAGAUCCAACUCUUUCUUCACUUCAGUUCCCAUUCUUUGUCAGGACAUCUCAGAAUGACCUGUAUCAAAUGACUGCUGUAGCUGAAAUUGUUCAUUAUUAUGGAUGGAGAGAGGUGAUAGCAAUCUAUGGAGAUGAUGACCAUGGGAGAAAUGGAAUAGCUGCAUUAGGCGAUAAACUUGCAGAGAGACGAUGUAAAAUCUCAUACAAAGCACCUCUGAGGCCUGGAGCAACCAGGGAUGAAAUCACUGAAGCACUAGUUCAAGUGGCUCUAACCGAGUCCAGGAUUCUAGUUGUUCAUACUUUGUCCAGUUGGGCUCCAGUUGUGUUUAGUGUGGCUCAAUAUCUAGGCAUGAUGAGAACUGGGUAUGUGUGGAUAGCAACCAAUUGGCUCUCCACUCUGUGGGAUACUUUUUCUCCUCUCCCUGAAGACACAGUUCAUACUAUUCAAGGAGUUAUUACAUUGCGAAUGCACACACCAGAUUCAGAACUCAAAAGUAAAUUUGUUUCCAGGUGGAGCAACUUGACUAGUGGAAUAAAUGCUAAUGGCCCUAUUGGGCUGAGUACUUAUGGUCUGUAUGCCUAUGACACAGUAUGGCUGCUCGCUCGUGCAAUUGGUGCAUUUUUUGAUCAGGGGGGAAAUAUUUCCUUUUCCAAUAAUUCAAAGCUAACUGAUUUACGUGAUGGGGAUUUGCAUCUUGAUGCCAUGAGCAUCUUCAAUGGCGGAAGAAUGUUACUUGAAAAAAUUUUGCAGGUUAAUAUGAUGGGGGUAACGGGUCAGGUAAAGUUCAAUCCUGAUGGGAACCUCAUUCAGCCUGCAUAUGAAAUUGUCAAUCUUAUUGGCACAGGCUAUAGGAAGAUUGGUUAUUGGUCUACUCAUUCUGGUUUAUCAGUUGUGCCUCCUGAAAAGUUUUACUCAAUGCCUCCUAAUCUUUCCAGUUCAAAUCAGAAAUUGUACCCUGUCAUUUGGCCAGGGGAAACAGUGCAGAAGCCUCGUGGGUGGGUGUUUCCAAACAAUGGAAGACAUUUAAAAAUCGGAGUCCCUAAUCGUACUAGCUAUCGUGAAUUUGUUUCCCAAGUUGCAGGCACUGAAAUCUUUUCUGGGUACUGCAUUGAUGUUUUCACUGCUGCUGCCAACUUGUUGCCGUAUGCUGUCCCUUAUAAAUUCGAACCAUUUGGAGAUGGAAUGACAAAUCCAAGUGAAACUGAACUUGUUCGCCUGAUCACAGCUGGUGUCUUUGAUGCAGCAGUUGGUGAUAUUGCAAUCACUACUAACAGAACGAGGAUGGCAGACUUCACGCAGCCGUAUAUUGAGUCUGGGCUAGUAGUAGUGGCUCCAGUCAAGAAGAUGAAUUCUGGUGCUUUGGCAUUUUUGAGGCCAUUUACUCGCGAGAUGUGGGGCGUCACUGCUUGCUUCUUCAUAAUUGUAGGAGUAGUUGUUUGGAUUUUGGAGCACAGGUUGAACGAUGAUUUCAGAGGCCCUCCCAGAAGACAAUGCUUCACUGUUUUAUGGUUUAGCUUUUCAACAUGGUUCUUUGCCCACAGAGAAAAUACUGUUAGCACCCUUGGUCGGCUUGUCCUAAUUAUAUGGCUGUUUGUGGUGCUUAUAAUUAACUCAAGCUACACCGCAAGCCUAACAUCAAUUCUUACAGUGCAGCAGCUUUAUUCUCCCAUUAAAGGCAUUGAAUACUUAAGGUCAAUGAAGGAGCCCAUUGGGUACCAGCAGGCUUCAUUUGCUCGUGAUUAUCUAAUAGAUGAAUUGGGCAUUGAUGAGUCCAGACUGGUUCCCCUUGUCACCCCAGAAGACUAUGCUAAAGCCUUGAAAGAUGGUCCCCGUAAAGGUGGAGUUGCUGCAGUGAUUGAUGAGCGUGCAUAUGUAGAGCUCUUCCUCUCAACCAGUUGCGAAUUUAGCAUUGUAGGUCAAGAGUUCACCAGAAAUGGAUGGGGCUUUGCUUUUCCAAGGGACUCGCCUUUGGCUGUUGACAUGUCGACUGCCAUUUUGCAACUUUCAGAAAAUGGAGAUCUCCAGAGGAUUCACGACAAAUGGCUUAUGAGGAGUGCUUGUAGUUCAGCAGGCACAAAGUUAGAAGUAGAUCGGCUUCAACUCAGAAGCUUCUGGGGUCUGUUUACGAUAAGUGGAUUAACUUGUCUGCUUGCUCUCUGUCUAUAUUUUUUGAAGAUGGUGCGGCAGUUCAGCAGGCACUACUCUGAGGAGUUGUCAUCUUCAGGUCAAAUCUCAACGUCUGCACGUCUCCAGACAUUCCUUUCAUUUGUUGAUGAAAAGGAAGAGGAAGUGAAGCAUCGCUCUAAGAGACGACGACAACUGGAAGUGGUGUCUAACAGAAGUGAAGAUAAAUCUAUGUACAAUUCCAGUUCCAAGAGAAGAAGUGUUGAAUCAUCUUCGAACAGAGGUAUCGAAUGUGGUAGUGAAGUAUGAUAUUCAUCUCGGACCAAGAGUUUCAUACAGGAUUAAGAAAAAACAUUUUCAGUUGGCUCUUAGCAAGUUCAAAAGAAGCCUUCUGGUAUACGAAAGUGAAAAAAUGGAUAAAAUUUGGCGGCAGUUUGGAAUGCAUAGCUGCGCCCUUUUAGUUCUGACAGUGUAUCCUCCAGGACCUGGAAAAUACGUCCUUGGAAACCUUUCCUUUAUAGAAAAUUUCUUAUCUUUGUUUCUACAUCCAUUUAAUAGUAAUACAUUAGUUUAAAGCUAUUAUUGGACCUAUUAUGAUUUUUACUGUAAUGUGAUUCAUUAAUUAGAUUAUGUAUACAUUUUUUUUUGCAAGAAAAUUUAUUUUUCGUUCUUUAGCGGCAGUUCAGCAACAUUGGAGACUCGAGGACGCAUAGUUCAAAAGGUUACCUCUUGAUUCACCUCCUUCCCCCUUUUCUCUCUCACAAACCCUAAUUUCUACGGUCCUUUUUUUUGGUCGCAGUUCCAAAAGGAAUUUUAUCUCAGAUUUGACAUUUACUGUGAAGUUUCAUUUUGUGAAGUAUGUGAUAUCUCUGCUACUUCCACUAUCCUCGUCCUUGACACUAAUACUGUUCUCAAUCCCCUUUUUUUAAAAUCCAUUUUUUUUUAUUUUGGUUCCGUUGCUUUCAGACUGAUUUGCUUGAGAAUUCAGCUAUUGAAGAUGUAAUCCCUAAUUUCUGUUCUCUGUAUUGUUAAGUUUCAGGUUAAAUUGAUACUUUAUAUUUGUUGCGAACUCUACAGGGAUACAUAAGUUCAGGACAUGGCUGGAAGAAAGCCCUAAUGAUCGAAAUGAUAAAGGUUUGCCAUUUCAAGAAGGUAAAGCUCAUUUCACACAAAUCUGAGCUUCAUUUUUUUUUCUUUUCCUCUAUCUAUCGGGAACUGUCACAGCAAACCCUGUGACAUAUACAGCUCUUUGCGUGAUCUUUUCUCAAACCUAUCGCAAAAAAAAUCAAUAAAUGCAGGUAAGUAAAUAAAAUAAAUAGAAAAUCCCAAUUAAUGGGCAUUUUCUUGGCUAUUUCUAUUCUAUAGUGAUCUAUCAUGCUGAUGGCAGUUUCUACGGUUGGGGGAAAAAUGGGUUUCUCAGGACAAAAUCCACAUGAAGACAGUUGACCAAGCAGUCAGUGCCAGGGCUGCAGCCAAGUAUGUCCACAAGAAGAGGACUGAACACUCUUCUUGACCCACAUCAAACAGCUGUGUCAUAGUACCUGCAUUUAUUUUCAAAGUGGUAGGGUAUAUUGAAUCAUCAGCACAUAGUGGUAGAGAGGAUCUGGUGGAAGGAAGCCAAGACUCCCAGCUGCUUUAACAACCCAAAGACCAAUUGCAGGAAGUAUCCCAUAUCGAACGAAAACCACAGCAACAAUGAUCCAUGUGGAAUAUAGAUCUUGUUACCUUGAAUGAGGUUGCCUCCAAGGAUAAGAGUAAUACAAGGAAUUGUUCCUUCCCUACAAACAAGGGAGCGCCAUCGCCAAUUAUCAGCUUUCUCAGGAAUGUCACUGCUCCGAAGAUGAAUCCAAAGAUCUGAUAUAAGAGGGAUGAAUCUAAAUUCAUUAAGCUACCAUUUUGGGUUUUGUCAAUCAAUAAGAUGUCAAGAAACUCACUGCAGCAAUUGUGGGGGGUGCCAAGAGUUCCUCCAGUAUCUGAUGAAGAAACCCUACUAAUUUUUUCCAGAAUGAUGCUUCUUUUCCAUGUUCAUGGUGUGAUGCUCGGUAAACAACCUAAAAUAGAAGUCUGUUAAUAGGGCCACUGACAUUUGUGCAUAUAAAAGGAAAUUGCAAACUGCAGUCUGCAGAGGACGACACUUACAGCUUGGCUUUCUGUAUCAUCAUCAAUGGACUUGCUUGAUGCCACAGCUAUUGGAAUUUGUUCCUGAUCUCCUCCCUUGAGAAGGUGAGUCUCCUGAUUAGCUUCUAAAUCAUUGUUAGGUGCUUUUGAGACCUCAUCAGCUGCUUUGAUUUCUUGCAAUUUUGCAGCUGAUGACCGAAUCAGCUGGUAAGUAUAAGUCCAGAUGUAGAAACCACCAAGCUGCAGUAGUCAAAAGCAGAUAAGAAAUAAUGAGAUCAUAAUGCAUUCGGAGAGAAUAUCUCAAAAAAAAAAAGAA